GUCAGAACUGUCAGACUCGGAAAAUAUUUUCGAGAACGAGACCGAAAUAUUUUAUUUUGUGAAUUUGAUUUGAGUCGCUAAAAAUAAUUUGUUUUACAAAAUAGAAAAAUGGCUAUUUCUAGACUGACCAGACUUGUUGUUCAUUCUAAGCAUAUUGCCAAACAUGAGCGAAUUAUACCACGAAGAACAGCAACCACUACACCCACUGGAGCUAUACUUCCCGAACCAGAAAAAACGCCUUUCGGUCUUCUCGGCCUUGUCUGCGCUGUCGUUCCUGGAUUAUUGAUUGGAGCUGCGAUCAGUAAAAAUAUUGCAAAUUUCUUAGAAGAAAAUGAAUUGUUUGUGCCAUCCGAUGAUGACGAUGACGAUGACUAAAAACCAGUUUGAUUAUUAAAAUAACUUUUGUAAGGAUAGUGUUAUAUAAAUACUGGAGUUUUUGCGGGUACGUCAAUAAAACAAUGGAUAUGUUAAUAAAGUUUAUUUUAAAUAAUAAGUAAUAAAAAUCACAAUGAAGUAGUGACUUUGUGCUUGCACUAUUUAAUAUUGUAGCGAAUUAUAAGCUUUAGUCAAAUAUUCAUUUUAAUUCUAUUACACUCACUGUAUAUCAUUGAAUGCAUUUAAACUGCAAAAUGAUUAUACAAAUAAUCAGUGAAAUCUAUUUAUUUGUUGCAAUUAUUUUAGCUAUGGAACCGUCUUUCAAUUUGCAGUUCAAAAGCAAUCAAAAUUCAUCCAAGUUGUAUUUACAUUAAAGAUAAAGAUAAUUAUAAUUUUUUACUGAUACAUUAUGAAAUUAAUAAUGUAAAAUUUGCAAUUCAAAAGCAUUAUAAUUAUUAUAUACUGAUACAUUGUGAAAUUAAUAAUGUACAAUAAUUUAAAAAACAAAGCAAUUUGCAAUUCAAAAGCAUUGAAUUUCCAUCUAAGUGUAUUUACAUUCAAGUUAAAGUAUAACUAUUUAUACAUUUUGAAAUUAAUAUUGUUCAAUAAUUUGGAAAACAAUCACUUUCACUCUAAUAUAUAUUACAUAGUUUUGUUACAUUAACUCAAAAAUUAUCUAGUCAAGCUUCAUUUUUACAAUCUUAAAUAUUACUAUGUUUAAAAAUCUCAAUGCUCUUGUGCUUAAUGUUAGAGAGUGUGGUGAUUAAAUAUAUUUUGAAAAUGGCA